AUGUACAUCAUACAAACCACAACCGCGAUACUGAUCGCAUUUCUGGCCCUCCUUGCAUGGAGUGAGGUGCGAAACCGCCUCGCAAAAGGGCGCUCAAGAAGUAAGGAUCCCGAGGCUCCAGACAGCCCGAGAAGAUUUCCACAGAUUGCCGCCACCCAAGAAAAACCACCAAGGGACAACUCAACCUCCGAAGCUCCUACUGUGGUAGAGUCAACUGAGCUGAGAGCCUAUAAACAGCUCUACUAUAAGCUUCAUAACCUCGAACAACAUCCCGGGAUACUGCCUGAAUGCCGCGAGCUUCUUCUUUCGUUCUUGUCGUCGACAAUCAGUGACGCCCUGGAUGACUCGGGCAGCACUAUCCUCUCCGUCGACACGUUCUCUCGUGAGAGCUUGAACCACUUCCUCAAAGCGAAAGAUGUGGAUGUCACCAACCGUUGGGAGGAGUAUUUGGCUCGCCGUAGAGCUGGAGGAUCUCGCGAGAUCUUUGGCGACAAAGAAGAAGCCCAAUGGUGGCUGAAGCAGGCAGCUCCAGUCAAGUAUGUCGAUGGUGCCUGGCUUGGACAUAUCAAUAAGGUUACGACGCCAUUCAAGUACCGCAAGAUUACCAAAAACGCAUGGCAGGUGAUGUCAGAGGAGCUUGGAGAUGGCGACCUCGCAAAGAACCACGUUUAUGUGUACCGCCAACUGAUGGAUGACAUCGAUGCCGGACUUCCUGCCGCGGAUUCAAAGGACUUCAUCAAUCCUCAUCACAAACUGGAUCAGACUCGUUGCUGGAAAGCUGCCGUAGCUCAGCUGCUUAUCUCGCUCUUCCCACAUAAUUUCCUACCGGAGUCUUUGGGGUUCAACAUGGCGUACGAGAGCUUGCCGUUGCAUCUGUUAAAGACGGUCAAGGAACUCCGCGAGGUUCGACUCAACCCAUACUACUUCGAGCUGCACAUCUCGAUCGACAACGCGGACUCAGGACAUGCUGCAAUGGCCAUGGCUGCAGUCGCCGAUUACAUCGAUCUUGUCGAGCAAGAUGAAGGGGCUGAGGCCGCGCAUGUUGCGUGGAGACGGGUACAAGCUGGCUACAUCCUUGCAGAAGGCUUGCCAACAACCCCUGAAAGUCCCUCACUGAAGGCAGAAACAGAUGGACCGUUUCCUCGUACGGAGACAGAAGCUGCACUCCUCGACAUUUUCGCCGCCAAAGCAUUCGUAGCACACAAGAUCCAUUGCAACAGUCGCCUGAAAAUCGGCCGUCGUUCCCUGGUAGAUUGGCUCGAACCGAAGGCCUUUGCCGAUAGGCAGUGGCAGCAAGGCUUCCUUCAUGACCUGAGCAACUGCAAGCCUUGGGUUAUCAAAGGCGAUAGCGAGAAGAGCAGACUUGUGAAAGAGCUGUCCUGGGAGGGCAAGAUGUUCGGUAGCUUCACCCAGACUGAGGUUGAUGUCGUAAAAGCUUGGAUCGAUGAGCUCGGUAUGCCUGUGCAGACACCUCGGCCAGAUCCCAUCGUGUACUACGAAUUCACGAAACAGUCGUCCAACGUCUCAACAGCGGCAGCUUCGGUGGAUCUGGACAUCCUCGUCGAUUAUCCGGCUCUUUCGAUUUCGAAGAUCCCAACGCCUUUGACUGAUAACGAAAUCUUCGACGAUGCCGCUCACGUCGAGUUCAGUCUGGACGAGUCGAGACUACGCAGCUUCCUUCCGUUAUGGUUCACAUCGCCCACUCUUCUUGAGACUCUGCCAUCCGUGCCAGUACGUGCAGCGGACGCUUUCGGCUCUGCGCUUGUUCGAGUCUUGCGCGCCCAGACUGGUUUCGACGUCGAGGGCCAAGGCGUAGCGGGUAUGGACGAGGUUCAGCGUACUGACAACGGUGAAUCAUUUGGCAUCGUUGAAUUAGGUUUAGAGAUCUGCGGCCGGGCAAACAUUUCCAUGCCAGCAAACGUCAAAGAUGUCGUAGCAUUUGGUAACGCAGAAUCAGUCGCCUUCUCGAAGUGGAUGAUCAGCUUAUCUAUGCAAUGGUUGGCACAGCGAGACAUGCUCAUCGGCAUGGCGUGGGGUUUCAUGGAGCUGCAUGAAGCGGUUGUCAAACUGGAGAAAGGAAAAGCACUAUUGAGCCCUGCGUCUGCACAGACCUUGGGAGAUAUCGCUCGUAGGGAACGGGCUGGAUUGGAGGUUUGUAAGAAGGAGAUCUUAGAGAAUGAGCAGAGGAAAGCAGACUUUGAGAAAGGUCUUGCGACUGCCAGAAGGGCCACAAGGAAAUUUUCUGCAUAGCAUUGUAC